AUGGGAGGUGCCCUUAGGCGGGAAAGACAGAUGAGGGAAUUUCGGGAAGUGUUGGAUUUUUGUGGCUUUCGUGACUUGGGCUUUGUGGGUUCACCGUUCACUUGGUGCAAUAACCGUCCUGAUGAAGGGGUGACAUGGAUUCGGCUAGAUAGGGGGGUGGCUACACCUUCGUGGUCCCAAUUAUUCCCAACAGUUCGAGUACACCACAUAGCUGGUUCCUUAUUAGAUCAUUGCCCAUUAUGGCUAAGUUCAGAUGAUGAGAACAAGCGUUUCUACAAGCGGAAUAGACCAUUUCGUUUUGAAGCGGCAUGGUUGAAGGAUGAGAGGUGUGAAGGGGUAAUCAAGCAGGCAUGGCAGAAACAAAGUCCAGGAGAGCAUAUGGACAAGGUAAUACACAAAAUUGAGGCAUGUCGUACAAGCCUUCAGUGUUGGAGCAGAUUGUCCUUCGGCAACAUAAGACAAUUGCUGGAAAAAAAGAAGCAGCUGGUUCAAGCAGAAGCUUUAUCAAUGAGAGGGGGCAGCCAUGAACAGAUUCGGAUUCUAAAAGGGGAAGUAUAUGAUCUCAUGGUGAAGGAAGAUGUCAUGUGGCACCAAAGGGCACGGGUUGAGUGGUUGCAAAGUGGAGACAUGAAUACCUCCUAUUUCCACAGUAGAGCAACUCAACGAAAUAAAAGAAAUUUUAUUUCAAAGCUGGUCUUGGAGGAUAACUCAGUUGUUGAAGAUGAAAAGAUGAUUGGAGAAGCAAUGGUGAACUAUUUCAGAAAUAUUUUCACUUCAACGUCCCCAUCUGAUUUUGAGCCGAUUCUCCAAGGUAUUGAGCCAAAGAUAACCCCUGGUAUGAAUGCAGACUUGACCCGAGAUUUCAUAGCUGUAGAGGUGGAGCAAGCCUUGAAACAAAUGAAACCACUAACAGCACCUGGACCCGAUGGUAUGUCUCCUAUUUUUUACAAAUCUUGUUGGAAUUUUAUAAGCCAAGAUGUUAUUGCUGCUGCCCUUUCUAUUCUUAAUUCGGGUACAAUGCCAGAAAACUUAAACCACACUUACAUAGCCCUCAUUCCAAAGACCAAAUCACCAGAACAAGCAAAAGAUUUUAGACCAAUAAGCCUUUGUAAUGUUCUAUACAAAAUCAUCUCCAAGACCAUAGCAAAUCGCCUAAAAAAACUCCUACCCAAACUGGUUUAUGAGUCACAAAGUGCCUUCAUGUCCAAUAGAUUGAUAUCUGACAAUAUCCUUGUUGCCUUUGAAACACUCCACCACAUUAAAAAUAAGCGGAAAGGAAAAUCGGGUUUUAUGGCUCUUAAGCUUGAUAUGAGCAAAGCAUAUGACCGAGUGGAAUGGCUCUUUUUAGAAAAACUUAUGGAGAAAUUGGGUUUUGGUAGCAGGUGGAUUUCUCUUAUAAGCUCUUGUAUGCGUACUGUGUCAUUUUCGGUAUUGAUUAAUGGUGAACCCCAUGGUCACUUUACCCCUAAUAGAGGACUCCGCCAAGGGGAUCCCCUCUCCCCUUAUUUGUUUCUCUUAUGUGCAGAAGGCUUACAUUCUCUUAUCCAGCAAGCUGAAUGUUUCGGUUCUCUUCGGGGUGUGUCUCUUUGUAGGGCUGGUCCAAAGGUGUCUCAUCUCUUUUUUGCUGAUGAUAGCUUGCUAUUUUGUAGAGCUAAUCAGAAAGAUAGCAACACUAUUCUGGAGAUACUACACCAAUAUGAGAGAGCAUCGGGCCAACAAAUAAAUAGAGAAAAAACCCAAUUGUUUUUUAGCCCCAAUACAGAUCAUGCCAUGCAAGAGCACAUCAAAUCCAAGAUAGGAGUAUCGGCCACCCAUCAUAUUGAGUCAUACCUUGGCUUACCAACUUUUGUUGGAAGAGGAAAAAAGAAAAGCUUCAGUUACAUACGAGAACGGAUUUGGCAUAAGAUUCAAGGAUGGAAGGAAAAAUUGUUGUCACAAGGGGGGCGGGAAGUCUUGAUAAAGGCGGUCCUCCAAGCCAUGCCAUCCUACACCAUGGGUUGUUUUUUGCUGCCCAAGUCUUUGUGCAAGGAUAUAGAGUCUCUAAUCCGCAAAUUUUGGUGGGGGUACAAGGGGGAAACAAGGAAAAUUCAUUGGAUUGGAUGGGACAAACUUUGCCUUCCAAAAUGUCAAGGAGGAUUGGGAUUCAAGGACGUGGAGAAUUUUAAUCUAGCAUUGUUGGGAAAACAGGUAUGGAGGCUCCUUCACAACACUGAUUCACUCUUUUACAAAGUGUUUAAACCAAGAUUCUUCCCUAAUUGCUCAAUAAUGGAUGAGGAGGUGAAGCUAAAUGGGUCCUAUGCUUGGCAAAGUAUCAUGAAGGCUAGGCGGGUUGUAAGUUUGGGUGCUCGUUGGAGAAUUGGUAAUGGAAGAAAGGUUAUCAUUCGGAAGGAUAAAUGGCUCCCAAACCAACAUUCAAGCUGCAUCAUAUCUCCACAAAAAAACUUCCCAAAUAACACUCGGGUUUGUGCUCUCAUUGAUGAAAACAACUCAUGUUGGCUGGAAGAUCGGGUUAGAGAUGAGUUCCUCCCUCAUGAAGCAAACACCAUCCUUAGUCUGCCUCUAAGCCACCUUGGUGUUGAAGAUAAACUGAUUUGGGCUGCCACAAAAAAUGGCAUCUACUCAACAAAAUCUGCUUAUCAGCUUCUUAAUGACACAGUGAAGUCAGCUGCAACGGGUCCUUCAAAUAGGAAUGCUCACAAAAAUUUCUGGCAGAAGGUAUGGUCAUUGAAUGUUCCGAGCAAGAUUCAGCACUUCAUUUGGAGGGCUUGCAACAAUUCCCUGCCGACCAAAUUGAAUUUAAGUAGGCGAAUCCCAAUUCCAAAUGCAAUUUGUGAGAGGUGUGGCAGGGAGAUUGAAGAUACAGUGCAUGCACUAUGGGGAUGCCAAAUGCUAAAGGAAUUAUGGUGGGAAGUGGAGCCGUGUAGAAGCUUCUUGUCUGAAAGGUUUGUCAAUUUCAGGGACCUAUUUGAGGGAGUGAUGCUGCGAGACAGUCACAACCUUGCUGAAACAGUGGCUUUCAUUGCGUGGAGCAUCUGGUUUAACCGCAAUGCCUCGAGAGUGGGCAGCCCAACGGUGCCAACAAAUCAGAUUCAUCGGGAUGCUUUGGAGCGACUACAAGAAUUCCAGGCAGCCACCGAUCAUCCUCUGCACAUUCCGACCGAAGCAAACCCGGCUCAUUGGCUUCCACCGCUGCCUCAGCAGUUCAAAGCAAACUGUGAUGGCGCUCUGUUUCAAGACAUCAACCGUGCUGGACUGGGAGUGGUUAUUCGAAACCAUGAAGGCCUGGUGAUGGCGGCUCUUACUGAACAGGUCCCUCUGCCUCCAUCAGUGGAGGAUGUGGAAGCAAUGGCGUGGAGAAGAGCUGUCACAUUGGCUGGCGAGCUUGGAAUGCAAGAUGUGGUGUUUGAGGGUGAUUGCAAGGUGGUGUUCAAGCACCUUACUACUGCCGACUCAAGCUGGGCCUCCUUUGGUCACAUUACCGGCGAGGUUCGAGCUCUAGCUUCGCAGAUGGGAGCUGCCUCCUUUUCCCAUAUAAAACGCAGUGGCAAUGUUGUAGCUGACAAGCUUGCCCAUUUAGCUAAGUUCUCUUAUGAUCCUCAGAUUUGGAUUGAAGACAUCCAUUAUUUUGGAAUUUUGAAUUUGUGGAUGUUAAAAUAUUUGUGGCAAUAUAGAGUAGAAUUUGUCAUGGGCAGCCAAUCACAUGUGCUAGUCGUAUCAUUUCUAGCACAGGGCCAUGUUGCGCCGCUUAAGAAGUUGUCUCACCAGAUUGCUGAUCAAUGGAUCAAGGUCACAUUUGUUAGCACUAAGUUCAUAAUUGCAAGAUUAACAACUACAAUGCCAGUGAAUAGCCUGAUAAGGCUAGUCUCACUCCCAAAUGGUCUAGAACCUGGGGAUGAUCGAACUGAUGCUCUUAAACUGAUAAAUAUUUUUCAAGAAGUUAUGCCAGGUCAUUUCAAGGACUUGAUUGAGAAAAGUAACGAAUCUUAUGAUGAUCAGAUUAGUUGUGUCAUUUCUGGGAUAUCGAUUGUGUGGGCAUUUGAAGACUGA